AUGCAGUACCUGAUAGAGCAAGGGCUCUCUGUGGCGGAGACGGAGUGGGUCGCCGAGAACAUGAACGUGCUGCUGGAGGUGCAGGCGGUGUUUGGGUGGCCGACGUCACACCCCGCGGGGCUGCCCAUGUCCAUCACGGACCUGCUGCACGACCCGCACUACGACAUGCACUGUGUGACACCGCACACGGACUACUUUGCCCGGUUCGUGGCCCUGGCGACCCGGACGGCGUACACGAAGCUGGCGUACGACCUGCACCAAAAGUACGCGCACGUGCAGCGGGUGACGGAGAAGCAGCGGGUGAGGUUUGCGCUGUUCUUGCAAAAGUAUGGUGGCCGCGAGUUCCUGGCCCGGGUGCGGCGGCUGUCGUCGUACCCGCUGACGACCAGCAACACGCCGCUCUUUAGUGCGUUUGUGCUGUCCUGCAGCGUGGUCUACGGGCUCUCGCAGGGCAUGGACGUGUACGAGACUGAGCUGGCGAUUCAGGAGAUGCUGGGCUGGGAGGCGGACUCGGAGGCGGACUCGGAGGACACUGACUCGGACGCAGAUGGAUAUAUGGAGUAGGACAUGGG